ACCAACGCAUGAAGAUGGUCGAUUGACAGCACUUACGAACAGAUAAAAUUUCAAACGUUCUCCGUAACCGUCAACACGUAUUUUCGACUUGGAGAUUUUUAUUUGGACGCAAUUGACAUUAUUAAAUAAUUAACAUGUUCAUCACUCCGUGCAAGCAGCAAAAGCAAAAGCAAAUUUUCGGAACACCAUUGAAUGUUCCAGCAUCGCCAUUCCUGAAACAGUUAGGCUAUGGUACAGGUGUCCAAGUGUUUCGUUUUGAACGCCAGCCUGAUGCAACCGGCAGCACGAAAUCGCCGUGGGCACUAAAAUGCCUUUCAAGGAGACAUAACAAUGAUCCCGACAGUAAAACAAUGAUUUCAUCACGGUUGCUGGAAGAAGCUGAUAUUUUACGGUCAUUGAAUCAUCCGAACAUCGUUGGUUUCCGCGGGUUAAAAAAACUACAAGACGGCAGAGACACACUGAUCAUGGAAGAGUGUAGUGCAUCACUGGGCGAUUUACUGGAGGAAAGGCACGACGAUAAAUUGGGACCGUUACCUGCUGAUCAAAUGCGGAAGGUUUGUCUGGAUAUGUGCGAAGCACUCAAAUAUCUACAUGAUACCGUUCACUUACUGCACGGAGACAUUAAAUCGUUCAACGUUUUGAUAAAAAAUGACUUCGAAAUAUGCAAACUGUGCGAUUUCGGGGUCAGUCUGCCGUUGAAUGCUGAUGGCUACAUUGAUCUGGUCAAAAAACCCGACGCCAAGUAUAUCGGUACUGGUUGCUGGUGUGCUCCCGAGGCUCUGAUCGAUGACAAUGUCCAAUCAAUCAGUUCGAAAGCAGAUAUCUUUAGCUUCGGUUUGGUGUUAUACGAAUGCAUUGCGUGUGUACCUCCACAUACCUACGCGACGGACGACGGAGACACGGAUGAUGUCGAAAAAACCGAAGACAGCGACGCAAACGAAUCGUCUGACCUGGAAGACGAGGAUGGCUUCGAUUUCGAGGCUCUAAUGGGAACUCGACCACCAUUACCUGUCGUUGAGUCUUUGGACAAGGAGUACAAUAUGUUGAUUGAAAUUUUCUAUCUGUGCACCAACGAAGCACCGGAAGAUCGUCCAACUGCUGGCUGUCUAGCUGAUGCGUUGAAGACUUAUUUCAGUCAAUGAAAAUUGUUUUGUUUUGUUUUGCAUUUUCUUUGUAAAAUUUUAUCUUUUUUGUACAUUUCGUAACUCAUAUACGCCAACAGUGUUAUUCAAAGCGUUCUAUAGAUUUUGGCGUUACAAGAACACGACGUUGUUUUUAAUAAAACUUUAAAAGCAACUGACCAUUUCAUUCAACUGAACAAUGCUGCUCCAUUGCAAAAUCAGCGUAGAAGAUUUUUUCCCACUAGUUAUUCGAAAAUGUAUCCUGCGACCGACUGUGACUAAUUUUGUGUUGUUCAACGUCAAUGCAGAGCUAAUU